AUGAAUGAGAAGGUUGGGCCAUAUGUUCCACCUGUUAAUAGAGAGGCUGGUACUAGUAUGACUCGCAUUGAAGAUAUGAUGCAGAAGAUGAUCAAGAGGUUUGAUGCGAUAGAUAUAAAUGUGAAAAUGAUGUGUAAUGAUUUGUCUGGGAUUGUCCAGAAAGUUGAUGCCCAUAUAGUGUCGAUCAAGCAACUUGAGCAGCAAUUUAGUCAAUUAAAAGUAGAUUAUAGACCCCCCAUGUUGUCUGAGGUUGAAAGAGUGAUAGAAAAAGGUGCCUAUGAGAUUGAGGUUAGUGAAGAUCCAGAAGAUGAUAUAGAAAAGGAGGUUGAGGUAACCCAAAAAUUUAUUCUUAUGCCUAGACCUCCACCUCCCUUCCCACAAAGGUUGGUGAAAAAGACUGAAGAGGGAAAAUAUCGCAGACUUGAUGACCAAAAAGAGGGUUGUCAGUUUAAGAAUGAAGAGAAGUUGCAACAUUGUAGAGCUAUUGCUACUAGGUCACUUGUGCAGAAGAAAAAGGAUCCUGGAGUUUUCACUAAUCGUUGUACCAUUGGGAUUUUACACUUUGCGAAAGGUUUUUGUGACUUAGGUGCCAGCAUUAAUUUGAUGCCAUUGUCCAUUUAUAAGAUGUUGGGUUUAGGAGAUCCAAAGUUGACUGCAAUGCGUUUACUUAUGGUCGAUAGAACUGUGAAAAGGCCAUUGGAGUGCUCCAAGAUGUCCUUGUGA